CCACAGUCACGCGUUCUGUUUAACAACAACACACUCCGAUUUUGGCUCUUCCUUCCUUCCCCUCACUCACUACCUUACAAAAACCCUAACCCCCAAUUUUCUCCUUCACUCACAAUCGUUGAAAAAUGGAAGACGAAGAAGGCAUCGGGUUGAUUUUAGCCAGAGCCACCGAGCUCAGACUCAAGAUCAGCGAUUCUAUCGCCAGCUCCAGCACCCCCGUCGGCGGAGACGAGCUUUCUUUUCCCGGAGAAGGAAAGAGAGAUAGGACUAUUCUCAGGAGUCAAGAUAAGGAUUUUGACUCAAUCAGCUCUGGAGAUGUAGAGGAGGAGGAGGAGGAAGAAGAGGUAGCUGAACAGCUUUUGCGUAUACGCGAUGCUCUUGAAUCCCUAGAGUCUCAGCUUGCUUCUUUACAGAAUCAACGGCAAAGGCAACAGUAUGAGAAGCAAGUGGCUCUCUCUGAGAUUGAUCACAGCAGGAAGGUGUUGCUUGAGAAGCUCAAGGAGUACAAAGGGAAAGAACUCGUAGUACUACGCGAGGCUUCGACUUUCGCUGGCGAGAGAGUUGACUAUGAGAACGAUCUUCUCCUUCCUCCUUACCCUGUUCAUCCUCCUCCUCUCUCCCUCGGUUUAGAUAACAACAAUGGCUACUUACCUCAUCUACCGUCUAAGCAGAAGAUAUCUGAUGAAAACGGGUUUGGGUCAGGACAUGUGAGAAAGGAAACGGAGGUGGAAAGUCCCCACGGAGGCUCAAAUCGUGGAGUUUUUCGCUUCUUAGGCUCUGUCGCCAAGAUCAUGCUUCCGGUCAUCGGUGUGAUUUCAAUCUUGUCUGCUUCGGGAUACGGUCCGGAGAUCAGGAGAAGAGGGGCGUCACUGAAGUUUCUCCUACCGCAGAGAGUAGUAGUCAGAGGGAAGCCGAACCAAUGUCCUCAGGGGAAAGUUCUAGUGAUUGAAGACGGUGAAGCGAGGUGUCUUGUGAAGGAAAGAGUCGAGAUACCCUUUGACUCGGUGUUAGCGAAACGAGAUGUAACUUACGGAUACGGUUGAAUUGUAAAAAUCGCCUUAGUCUGUAAUAUUCAUUGCCUCAUGAGUUUCAGUGUGUAAAGUUUCAACCUUUUGUCUCUUUUAGAUGUGAAGCUACAUAACUCCCUUAGAGUUUUGUUCUUUUGCUUGUGCCUCUCAGCAUAUAAUCUUAGAGUACAUAUGUUCUGAUAUUUAAUCAGAUGGUUACAGUGUAUCACAAC